AUGAUUGGCCACUCGUUCAUUCAUGGAGGGCCACUCUUGACAGGACUGAGCACCUCCAUGUUCAACCUACUUCUAGGAAGUGAUGAGCCAGCCAUCACAGACAUGAGAGACUGCCCAGACCAAGAUAUAAUCGAUAUUGUUUCUCUGCUUGAAGAGCCACGGAAUCUAACAGAUGUGGAACGAUACAAAGUGAAUGAUCUUGCUUUUAGCUGGGACUUGCCAACAUUAACUACAGAAAACCGGAAGUGGCUUGCAGAAACCAUUCUUCAACAUGCGGUUAUUGGUCGUAGAGAGAAGCAGAUGAAACAAAUCAAACGGGGUCUGAAGGACACUGGGGUCCUGCUCAUGAUAAAGGAACGCCCUUCUCUCAUCACAGUGCUGUUCCCAAGAGCUGUUGACAAAAUCAUCCUUCCUGAAAUGGUUUUAGAAAGAGUUAUAUGUCCAAUGACGCAGAAUGAGGACGAGGAGGAUGAAGAUGAAGAGCACUAUUUUUCAUAG